GACGCCAGACAAGACCGCGCCUCCUCGCCUCCAAAGGUUCCUAGCGAUGAAUCCGGAGGUGUCCCAAACCCAACACCUCAAUACAUGGCUCAAGCCCAUCUCGAACCCCAUCGCCUAGAGCAACCGCGCCGCAUCCUCAUCGUCAUGGACCUCAACGGCACCCUCCUCCACCGCCCCAACAAGCGCCGGCCCUUCCACUUCGUCGAGCGCCCUCACGCGAAAGCGUUCAUGUCCUACUGCCUCGAUACCUUCCACGUGGCCAUCUGGUCCUCAGCUCGUCCCGACAACGUGAGCAAGAUGGUUGAUCAGCUGCUCACCCCAGAGCAGCGCGAGCGAUGCCUCCUCGUUUGGGGCCGCGACACCUUUGGCCUCUGUCAGGCCGACUACGACGCCAAGGUCCAGGUCUACAAGCGUCUCACCAGCGUUUGGUCCGACCCCCGCAUCAUGGAGGCUCACCCUGCGGCUCAGACUGGUGGCAAGUGGGAUCAGACAAACACCAUUCUCGUCGACGACUCACUCGAAAAGGCCCGGAGUGAGCCCUUCAAUAUUCUCCAGAUCCCCGAGUUCUCUGGCUUGUCCACCGAGAUGCCUAACGUCCUACCUCAGGUUCACGACUACCUGAACAACCUCGCUCACGAGGCCGACAUUAGUCGAUUCGUCCGUCAAUCACCCUUUAAACUCGACCCAGGCUACACUCUAGAACAAGCUCCGGCCAAAGAAAAGGGCUCAGCCAAAGCCGAGUAG